CACAUUCACAGCUAAUUUGACCACUUGGGCUAUAGGCUACUACAGCAGUGGAAUUGAGAGUAGGCUACUAGUUUGUAUCGGGUCUAAUAUUUGCAACUGGUGAUACUUAUUGCCAUGAAGGAUUUCAUUCGUUUUAUUAGCACAGUAGGAAUGGCUUGGACGACUUAUCUCAGUGCCAUUUAAGAUACAGUCGGACUGAUCGCCGUGAAACUCCUUCACAUCUUCAGAUUCUGCUUAAUUUGCUAGAUACAACGGGUGACAAGACACGACCAUGGAUACCACUGUGAAUUCAGGAAGAAAUUCCGAGAAAUCUCACCUCGUGCACGAGAUGAAUGCCAAAAUGUAUUCACUGAAAAGUUCCUUUUCAGACUCCAAAGAAGACUAUCCCAACUUCCCGUUUGAGAACGGAGAUGUGGCUGGUGCCAUCGAGCUGAAGCAGCCUGUUGGCGCCCAUUGCCACGGUAACAAAGCAGUGAGUGAGGAGAACCAUGACACGCUGCUGGCUAAGAAGAAGCUGUACAUUGCCUCCAUUGUGUGCCUCAUCUUCAUGAUUGGAGAGAUCAUAGGUGGCUACCUGGCCCACAGUUUGGCUAUUAUGACAGAUGCAGCUCACCUCCUGACUGACUUCGGCAGCAUGAUGGUCAGCCUGUUCUCCCUGUGGAUCUCCUCCAGACCACCCACCAAAACCAUGACCUUUGGAUGGCACCGCUCAGAGAUCCUAGGAGCCCUGGUGUCAGCGAUGUCCAUCUGGAUAGUGACUGGGGUGCUGGUGUACCUGGCCAUCGAGAGGAUAGUCAAGAACGACUAUGAGAUCAACAGUCAAGCGAUGCUCAUCACCUCCAGUUGUGCCGUCGUAGUCAACAUCAUCAUGGCGUACAUCCUCCACCACUCUACCACCUUCCAUGCCCAGAGCUCAGGCUACCAGCAGAUAGAUGAGAACGGGCAGAGCCCUUUGGAUCACGGCCACUCCCAUGUGGGUCACGGCCACUCCCACGCCCUGCUGGGUCAUGGCCAUGGCAACACCAGUGUGAGAGCAGCCUUCAUUCACGUGUUGGGAGAUCUCCUACAGAGUGUUGGGGUCCUAGUGGCUGCCAUCGUCAUCUUCUUCAGGCCUGAAUACAAAGUAGCAGAUCCCAUUUGUACCUUCCUCUUCUCUGUGUUUGUCCUGGGGACCACGAUCACCAUACUCAGGGAUGUUUUCAGGAUACUCAUGGAAGGGGCUCCUAAGGGAAUAGAGUUUAACUCAGUGAAGGAGGUGUUGCUUUCUCUGAAGAUGGUGAAGGCUAUGCACAACCUGCGCCUGUGGGCCCUGACCGCGGGACAGACCCUGGUCUCCGUCCAUGUAGCCAUCGAGGAGAAUGCUGAUCCCCAGAGUGUCCUUAAGGAGGCUACAGAGAUCCUCCAAACCAAGUUUGGUUUCUACAGAACCACCAUCCAGGUGGAGCCCUACUCUGACGACAUGGCCUACUGCACACACUGCCAGGACCCCAUGGACUAACAGCAGUGGAGGCUGCUGAGGGGAGGACGGCUCAUAAUAAAUGGCUGGAACGGAGCAAAUGGAA